ACCGCGUCGCCGUUGACGCCGCCAUCUUGAAUCAAACCAUCGAGUUCCGAUUCUAUCGUUUUCGCGGUAAUUCUCGCGCGAUCGCGUCGCGCCUCGUCCACGCUGCUCAACAACCCUACGUCCGGGUGUCUUUCGUUACUUUGACGGUUGAUUCAACUCGCGCGAUUGCACUGGUGCCGGUUUACGCGACACCGCGCAUUUUCACCUCUCCGCGGGAUACUUUCCCGGGGGUGUACUUUGAUAUUUUUCGUUAAAUAAGUUGUAUUUACACGAUUUCAAGAACGUGUACGACCCGAAGCUCGUCAGAGGCGGAGCCGGAAUUGCGCCGGAGGCGAGCGAACGACAGUUUUUCGGCUCCAUCGUAUUUUUACUUUGGCCUAUUUCUACGUUGGAUUGCAUGAGAACUUUUCGGCUCGUAAUCGGAACGUGUUUGUGAAGACAAACAAAAUGAGCAAAGUCAAGGAAACUGCACCAACCGACAAUGAGGGAGAAGAGGAGUUCAGCGUCGAGAAGGUGUUGGACAGAAGAGUUGUAAAAGGAAAAGUGGAAUAUUUUUUGAAAUGGAAAGGCUAUUCGAAUGAUGAAAAUACAUGGGAGCCAGAGGAGAAUUUAGAUUGUCCAGAUUUGAUCGCUCAAUUCGAAGAGCAACGGAAGAAGCAGUCAGCUGCCUCUAAACGGCAUGAAGAGAAAGAACAGAAAAAACGAAAAAGUGCAAACACACCGACGCCCACACAAGCUAAGAAAAAGGUAGCAGUGGAAGAAAAGAAGCUGGAAGGUAAAGGAUUUGACAGAAAUCUGGAUCCGGAACGUAUUAUCGGCGCGACGGACUCAAGUGGUGAGCUGAUGUUCCUUAUGAAGUGGAAAGGAACAGAUGAUGCGGAUCUGGUACCCGCACGCAUCGCCAAUGAGAAGUGCCCACAGAUCGUGAUCAAAUUUUAUGAGGAACGACUCACGUGGCACAGUCCCGCCCACGACGACGAAAACUCUACAAAACCUGACCCGGAGUAGCAUCCAGCAUUCUCUCACGAUUUAUUUUUAUCAUUGCUGAGUAUUCCAUUGUAACGUUUAUCUUAGGUUACUUUACGAGUUUUCUAACUUUUGUAGGUGAAAAAUAAAAAUAUGAACGUUUUUCAAACCACACUAAUGUAGAAAACAAUAUAAUGUAGGAUUUUGAAGAAAGUUUAAAAGUUAAAAAAAAGAGUCACAUUGCUAUCCAUGCAUCGUCACUACUAAUAAUAUAUAUCUAUUUUCAAAAUGUAAAAAAUGUGGAUUUAUAAAUAGUGAUUGUAUAAUUUAUCAAUGUGCACUUUAAAGUGUUGUUUUUAACAAGCAUCCCCUUUCUGAGUAUAUAAAAUAUAUUUUUAUGCUUUUAGAUGA